CUACGUGAGCGCGUCCAAGUCCACUUACUUUUCGGGAGCUUGGUGCCUGGCAAACUCAACUCCAGAGGGGGAAAGUGGGGAUUUGAAUGUCGGUGGGCUUCACCGCUCGUCCUCCACCUCUCCGUAGACGCCGACAGAGUCCAUCGCUGCGACGGCCAGGGACCGCGGUCGGUGUCCAGCCAGCGAAGCGGGAGCCAUGCCUGUCCCCGCUGUGUACCUCAGCGAGUCCCCCGCCGCGGCCUUUGCAUCCCCGGCCUCGCUUAUCCCGCCGCCGCCGAUAAACACACAGCAGCCCGGCGUCGUCACGUCGCUGCUGUACAGCGGCUCCAGGUUCAGCGGGCACCAGAAGAGCAAAGGGAACUCAUACGAUGUGGAGGUCGUGUUGCAGCAUGUCACCAUGGAGGAUUCAUACCUGUGUGGCUACCUGAAGAUAAAAGGUCUAACAGAGGAAUACCCAACUCUGACUACAUUUUUCGCCGGAGAGAUCAUCAGCCGGAAGCGGCCUUUUCUCACCCGGAAAUGGGACGCAGAUGAAGACGUGGAUCGUAAACACUGGGGCAAGUUCCAGGCCUUCUACCAGUACGCCAAGACGUUCAACUCGGACGAUUUCGACUACGAGGAUCUAAAGAAUUCAGACUAUAUUUUCAUGAGGUGGAAGGAGCAGUUUCUAGUUCCCGACCACACAAUCAAAGACAUAAGCGGCGCUUCCUUCGCUGGAUUCUACUACAUCUGCUUCCAGAAAUCCACGGCCACCAUCGAGGGUUACUACUACCACCGGAGCUCUGAAUGGUAUCAGUCUCUAAACCUCACCCAUGUCCCUGAACACAGCGCAGCCAUCUACGAGUUCCGGUGACCCCGGUCAGAACCAAGGAAUCCUCUUUUCUUCCUUCCUUUUUCGUUUUUUCUUUUCAUUCUUUUUUGGACGGACAAAGACUUCUGGACUUCUGAGACUUGUGAGUUCUGCGGACGCUGCCGAGGAGGAAAAACAAGGAGAAGAAGAACUUCAGCAUGAGCCUGAGAGGCAAAGUCGUCGCGUGGCCUCUGUGGUUUUUGAGCGGAACCGUGGACGAGUGAAUGUACGAUGAGUGGACGAGACGGGAAGAAAGAAAGGGAAAAAAAAAAAGAGGUCGGGUUCUGCUCCCUGGCUGGAGUUUGAAGGGUCAGAUUCUGGGUCACACUCACCGUGAACCUGAUUCUUUUAUUUUGUUGUUGUUGUUUUGUUUUAAACUCCUGGUUUUUAAAGAGACGCUUUGCUCAGAGACACUUUAUAACCGAGCCCAGCCAACGAGGACGGAGCCGUGCGACGUGUUUGACAAGGACUCCUCUGAGGAGUCUGCUUUUGUGAACACCGUCUCGGAUUGGAACUCAAAUCGGCCCAGAAUAAGCUAGAAUAACAGUAUUUUUAUUAAAAACAAGAGAAAAAGCUAAGCUGGUUCUUUGUUCGAUGGACGCAGAGUGGCAGACACAAAACAAACUUUUUACUCCCCUUGUGUUCAUAAAGCUUGCUCUGGAGAUUAUCAUUAUUAUUAUUAUUAUUAUUAUUAUCAUUACUACGUAAACAUGUGAUUGCUGUGGAGCUUGACCCGUUUGAUCACAUUUGCACAAAGAUGGACUUUUAAAAGAUGUUAUCGAUGCUUGCAGUCUGGAUUGUUUUACACUCACUACUGGCCCCAGUGCACAAGGUUUUCCGGGCGGCAGAGCAAGCUUUUUUUUGUCUGGUUUUGGAGCCAAAACAAUCACAUAAAAGUGUUAAAAAAAAAAAAAAGGAUUUUCACGCUUUACCUCCUACUGUGUCGUUUUUAAAUGAAACCCCCUCCACAUCUACAUCUCCUCGACUAUGCAACCUCUCCAAACUUUAAAAACCUUCAGUUUUCAGAGACAAACAUUUUUAUUCUAUUGUGAAAAGAAGCACAUAUAUACAUAUAUAUAUAUGAAAGUAAAGGGGUAUUUUUGUUAAAAUUGCCUAUUGAGGAAAGAAAAGAAGAAAACAACACUCCUCUCCUCUUGAAUCAUGUUUUCCCUUCUCCAUGUGACAGUGCCAUCUUUUUCAACAUGAUCAUCAGAGUUGUAUGAUAAUGAUAUAAUUAUAGAUCAGACUCAGUGUGUUUGUUUGUUUGAGAAUAAGCCUGGAUUUUAAUGAUUGGUUGAUGGUGUGACUGUAAAGAUGCUGUUCGGGGACAAAAAAGAAAAAAGUCCAAUCAAAAACA